UCCCCCUACUCCUCGCGCCCGGGAAACCAGCAUUCCCGCCGCCGCACAUCGUCAAAAUGGCGCUCUCGUACGUGUUUAUUGCUGCCGAACGCCGUUUAAUCCGUGGUUAAACCGUCGCCUUCACACUCGCGUGGACGCACGCCGAAACCGUCGCCGUCAACCGUUUCCGACGACGUCGCUCGUUACGACCGUUAAAGGCUCGCAACAAAUCCGAAACUGUUUUUCCGCCAUAUCCGAUAGACAAGAAGCUCGUGUUUCGCUCCCGUCGCAUUACAAAUUCAUCCCACAAUAAUAUAUCAACAAAUAAUCAUGAGAAAUACUGGAAAUCUUUUAAAAUGGACUCAGAACUCCAACAACAAAUCUGCCAAAGGAGGAGAAAAUCGAAACUGGAUUCAUCCCCCUGAAGCGCUACAAAAAGGUCAUAUUGCCUACAUCGUUAAGUUUUUGGGAAAUGUUGAUGUAGACCAACCAAAAGGUUUUAAUGUUAUCAAAGAGUCUAUUAGAAAGUUAAAAUUUAAUCAACAAGUCCGAAAAGCUGAGGGUUCUAAAGUACCAAAAGUUGAACUUACAAUUAGUGUUGAAGGUGUUGCACUCCAAGAUCCAAAGACAAAAGUAAUAAUGCAUCAAUAUCCAUUGCACAGAAUUUCUUAUUGUGCUGAUGAUAAAGUGGACAAACAAUUUUUCAGCUUUAUUGUAAAAGACUCAAAUGAAUCUGAACGACAUACAUGUUUUGUAUUCAUGAGUGACAAAUUAGCUGAAGAAAUCACCCUUAGCAUUGGGCAAGCUUUUGAUCUAGCAUACAAGUGGCCCAGCAAGCCGACGAACAAGCCGACUUUCAGAGCUCGGCAGUUGGAUGUUUCAAAACCUCUGCCAAUCUAUAUGUCUGAUGAUUUGCCUGAUCUGCACGAGUGUACAGAAUUAAAACGCGCUGUUCCCCAAAUGCCCAGUGGUAUGGAAAAAGAAGAAGAGUCAGAGCAUCAUUUGCAACGUGCCAUGGUUGCUGGAAGUGUAAUACCCACACCUGAAGUAUCUAGAUUAAUAAGUGAAGAUUUGAAAUGGCAUGAUAAAACAUACCCACCAAAUUGUUAUCCUCCAAAACAACUUAUUCAUAUAACACCUUUCACAAUGGAACAAGAUGUUCCAGAAUAUGACUAUGAUUCCGAAGACUUAGAAUGGUUAGAAACUAUUGGAAGAUCAAAUAGUAUAACAGCUGAUAAACUUGAAGAACUUGUUGACAAAUGGGAAAAACACAGUACAUACAACAUAAUUGAUUUAUCAGAUGCUAAAUCAUUAACUAAAGAUGAUGAAGAUACUAUUUUAUUAAUAUAUGAUUAUUGGUUAAGGAAAAGAGUACGUCUUGGUCAUACUUUAUCUCCUGUUGUACGCACUGAACCUAUAGCUGGUGCUCCUCCUAAUGAUUCAUAUGUAGCUUUUAGAAAAAGACGUGAUAAAAUUCAAACUAGAAAAAAUCGUAAAAAUGACGAAGCAUCUUAUGAAAAAAUGUUGAAAUUACGAAGAAAUUUAAGUAGAGCAUUAGAAUUACUUGUAAUAAUACAACAACGAGAAAUGUGUAAAAAGAAAUUAGUUCAAAUAACUCUUGAAACAUACAAAAAACGAUAUGAUUUACGUGACUUUGAUGGUCUUAUUUAUAGUGAUGUAGAAUUUGUUAAAACUGUGCGGCAAGCAUUUACACCAAUUUCAACUAACCAUUAUAUGUCAUCAAUGUGGAAACAAGGAGAUAUGAAAAAAAAUUCUACAAAUACUAAAUACCAGGAAGCAAAGAGAGAAAAAAGACAUUAUAGAAAAAGAAAACAUAAGUCCUAUGAUAUAGGGCAUUUAAGUUCUGAUGAAGAAUUGUACUCUCCUCCACAUAAAGUUCAGAAUGUUGAAGACGGUGGUGGUAAAUGGACUUUCCGUCGAAACAAGCAUUGUUCUUACUUAGCUCCCAUUAAUUCUCCUGAACCUAUAGAUCAGACAUUUGGUUUUCAACCAGUUUAUAUUCAAAAAAAUAGAAAUCAUAAAUCUUUGGGUUUAUGUAGACCACGAUAUGGUAGAGGUGGACGAAUCGUUUUAGAUCGUUACACAAAUGAUGAUGACCGAUGGGCAUCAUUAGAUUACAAUAUAAUUGAACAAAAACAAUAUGAAAUAGUUGAGUUCAAACAUUAUUCAGAUAAUGAAAUGUCAGAUUACUUUAGUGAUACAGAUAUUAACUGUCCAUUGAUGGAAGUCAAUAGUGAAAUAAGACGAGAUAAAACUAUGGUAGAAUUUGAUUGGGAUAAUUUUGAACCAGAAGUCUUACAAGGUGUUGCUGACAUUUGUAAAAUUGAUUGUGGUGAAAUGAGUAAAGACAAAACUGAGCAAGGUGAAUCUAUAUUGGAGAGAUGGGUGAAUCGAAAUCAACCUCACUCUAAUGAACCUACUUUGGCAAUGGGAUCAGAUUCCGAAGUCAUAGGAUGUUCACAAUUUAGAAUUACUGAUAUAAGCGAACCUAAACGACUUAGAACUAAUAAUUGUUUAUCGUUGAAAAGGCUAUUGAAAUGUGACAUUGAUUCUCAUUAAGAUUAUUUUUAAUUAUA